CCGAGGGAGGGGACAUUUCCUAAUCUCGGGCCGGGGUUAAAGUUCUGGCCCGGGUGAGAUGCUGGAGGCCGCGGCGGCCGCCGCCACCCGCCCCCGAGCCGUCCCGCCGCCCGCCGCCGCCGCCGCCGCCGCUGUCACUGCCGCCCUGCCGGGGCCAUGUUCGCCCGCGGCUUGCCCUACUUGGUGGCGCUCUUGGUGGCCUCGGUCGAGAGCCAUCUGGGGGCUCUGGGGCCCAAGAACGUCUCGCAGAAUGAUGCCGAGUUUGAGCACACCUACUCCCACGAGGUCAACAGCGAGCUGGUCAACAUCUACACCUUCAACCAUACUGUGACCCGCAACCGGACCGAGGGUGUGCGUGUGUCUGUGAAUGUCCUGAACAAGCAGAAAGGGGCGCCUUUGCUGUUCGUGGUUCGCCAGAAGGAGGCUGUGGUGUCCUUCCAGGUGCCCCUAAUCCUGCGAGGGCUGUAUCAGCGGAAAUACCUCUACCAGAAGGUAGAACGGACGUUGUGUCAGCCUCCCACCAAGAAUGAAUCCGAGGUCCAGUUCUUCUAUGUGGAUGUGUCUACUCUGUCACCUGUCAACACCAAGUACCAGCUCCGAGUCAGCCGAAUGGACAACUUCGUGCUCAGGACUGGGGAGCUGUUUAGCUUCAAUACUACUGCAGCCCAGCCCCAGUACUUCAAGUAUGAGUUCCCUGAGGGAGUGGAUUCUGUGAUUGUCAAGGUGACCUCGAACAAGGCCUUCCCCUGCUCAGUCAUCUCCAUCCAAGAUGUCCUGUGUCCUGUCUAUGACCUGGACAACAAUGUAGCCUUCAUUGGCAUGUACCAGACCAUGACCAAGAAGGCAGCCAUCACUGUACAGCGCAAAGAUUUCCCCAGCAACAGCUUUUACGUGGUGGUCGUGGUGAAGACUGAAGACCAGGCCUGUGGAGGUUCCUUGCCCUUCUACCCCUUUAUGGAAGAUGAACCGGUUGAUCAAGGGCAUCGCCAGAAAACCCUGUCAGUGCUGGUCUCCGAAGCGGUCACGUCAGAGGCCUAUGUCGGUGGGAUGCUCUUUUGCCUGGGCAUAUUUCUUUCUUUCUACCUGCUGACUGUCCUCCUGGCCUGUUGGGAGAACUGGAGGCAGAGGAAGAAGACCCUACUGAUGGCCAUUGACCGAGCCUCUCCAGAAAGUGGUCACCCUCGGGUCCUGGCUGAUUCCUUUCCUGGCAGCGCCCCUUACGAGGGUUACAACUAUGGCUCCUUUGACACUGGUUCUGGAUCCACUGAUGGUCUGGUUGACAGCACGGGUACUGGGGACCUCUCUUACAGUUAUCAGGGGCACGACCAGUUCAAGCGACGCCUCCCCUCUGGCCAGAUGCGGCAGCUGUGCAUUGCCAUGGACCAUUCCUUUGAACCAGUGGGUUCUCGGCCACGCCUGGACUCCAUGAGCUCUGUGGAGGAGGAUGACUAUGACACCCUGACUGACAUUGAUUCAGACAAGAAUGUCAUUCGCACCAAGCAAUACCUCUGUGUGGCUGACCUGGCGCGGAAGGACAAGCGUGUUUUGCGGAAAAAGUACCAGAUCUACUUCUGGAACAUCGCCACCAUUGCCGUUUUCUACGCUCUUCCUGUGGUACAACUGGUGAUCACCUACCAGACGGUGGUGAAUGUCACAGGGAAUCAGGACAUCUGCUACUACAACUUCCUCUGUGCUCACCCACUGGGCAACCUCAGCGCCUUCAACAACAUCCUCAGCAACCUGGGGUAUAUCCUGCUGGGGCUGCUCUUCCUGCUCAUUAUCCUGCAGCGGGAGAUCAACCACAACCGGGCCUUGAUGCGCAAUGACCUCUACGCCCUGGAAUGUGGGAUCCCCAAGCAUUUUGGGCUGUUCUAUGCCAUGGGCACAGCUCUGAUGAUGGAGGGACUGCUGAGUGCUUGCUAUCAUGUCUGCCCCAACUAUACCAAUUUCCAGUUUGACACGUCAUUCAUGUACAUGAUCGCCGGCCUCUGCAUGCUGAAGCUCUACCAGAAGCGGCACCCGGACAUCAACGCCAGCGCGUACAGUGCCUAUGCCUGCCUGGCCAUCGUCAUCUUCUUCUCCGUGCUGGGCGUGGUCUUUGGUAAAGGGAACACGGCGUUCUGGAUCGUCUUCUCGGUCAUCCACAUCAUUGCCACCCUGCUCCUCAGCACACAGCUUUAUUACAUGGGCCGCUGGAAGCUGGACUCGGGGAUCUUCCGCCGCAUCCUGCAUGUGCUCUACACGGACUGCAUCCGGCAGUGCAGCGGGCCCCUCUACGUGGACCGCAUGGUGCUGCUGGUAAUGGGGAACAUUAUCAACUGGUCGCUGGCUGCCUAUGGGCUCAUCAUGCGCCCCAAUGAUUUCGCUUCCUAUUUGUUGGCCAUUGGCAUCUGCAACCUGCUGCUUUACUUUGCCUUUUACAUUAUUAUGAAGCUCCGGAGUGGAGAGACGAUCAAACUCAUCCCCCUGCUCUGCAUCGUCUGCACCUCUGUGGUCUGGGGCUUUGCACUCUUCUUUUUCUUCCAGGGGCUCAGCACCUGGCAGAAAACCCCUGCGGAGUCAAGGGAGCACAACCGGGACUGCAUCCUCCUCAACUUCUUUGAUGACCAUGACAUCUGGCACUUCCUGUCCUCCAUCGCCAUGUUUGGGUCCUUCCUGGUGCUGCUGACACUGGAUGAUGACUUGGAUACAGUGCAGCGGGAUAAGAUCUAUGUCUUCUAGCUUGCACUGGACCCUUGGCUUCACUUCAUGGAGCUCUGAGCUCCCCUGCGUCCCCUGCCAGGUGCCUCUGUAGGCCUGGGGCUGAGUCCCAGCCCAGCUGCCCAGCACUGGACAUCAGUGGGACAGUGAGGUUCUAGCCCAGGCCCAGGUCAGGACAGUCAUGGAGGGGGUGGGCGCUGAGACUUGCGGCUGCCCUCUGCCAGGGAGGAGGCUGCUCCCCUGCUUCCCCAGACACUGGCCAGAUUGCUGCUUUCUUCUCAGUGUUGGGCCUUCCGUGGGCCUCUGUCCAUUGGCUCUCCGUCCGUCUGUCCGUCUGUCUGCCCGUCCGUCCAUCUGUUUUAUCCCUCUACAGGAGGGAUAAAGGAGUGAAGGUGUUUCUUGCCCCCAUUUCAUGCCUUGAAUUCUGCCAUCUUCCCCUCCCCCCCAGCCAGGGACCCAAAGCCCGCCUUUCCUCUCGAGCUGCGGUCCUCUCUGGGGCUGCCAUCACUGCCCACUGGUCAGCCAGGAUGGAUGUGGCCGUAGGACUUUGGGGGCUGGCCACCUGGUGCCAGGCUUUUGGUGCUAAGGCCUUCAAGGGGCCCUGAGCAAGACCCCUCCCCCUGACCCGUGCUCCAGGCUGGCUUUUUAGCAAUGAGGAUCAGCCCCGUUGGAAAGCUGCUGCAGUCUUGAGGGGAUGAAUUCAGAGGUCAGCUCCUUAUUCCAUCAGCUUCCAGCAACAAAACUGGAGACAAAUGGGGCUCACCUGUAUGUUUCCACGCCCACCGUCCUGCAGGCCCCAGCCGGGGCCCCUUUCAGUGCCAUUCACACUGCCCAAGAGUGUCCAGGGGCAAAGGAGGGGAUGCGCACAGAACCCAGCCCAGCCUGCAUCCCGACAGCCUUGGAGCCCCAGUGCCUGUCUUAGGAAGGGGCUUAAGAGGGGACGUGCCAUUUUCUUCUGUGUCCCAGGUCCCAGCCUCAUGCUAGGACCCUGGGCUGGCUUUUGAGUUUCCGUCCAUCUUCAGUCACGUUCUGUGUUAACAUGCACAUGUGUGUGCAAGUGUGCAUGCGUGUGCGCAUGCACACACACACAAAGCCUUGGAGUUUACAUGGAGUCACCCCAGCUCUCGGCCCUUCGUGGCUCUGAUCCUUGGCUCCUUUUCACUACACUUGGUCCAUUCCAGGUGCCAAGGAUAGGCAGGCAAGGUUGGGCCUCCGCCUUGGAGCUGGGAAUGUGUUCUAUUCCCCUUGACUUGUUUCUAUAGCUCUCCUCGGUCUGGGGAGAGAAGGGGUCUAGGUCUUGGUGUCAGAGCCCCAUUUUAUGUCUUUCCAUGCUACGGUUGCAUUUGUUUUCUACGAAUGAGUGCACUCAAUAAAGAACCCGACUCUG